GGGGAUAAAUUAUUAGAUUUGUAUAAAAUCCAUAAAAUGCAAGUCUAUGGAGAGCCACAAUGUGUGUGUGUGCUCAAAACAACAACAAUGCAUGUAAAUAGAAUAAAAUGUAAAUACUUGUAAAAUAUUUAGGCAGUUUUUAUCCGUUUAAAUAAUACGAAUGGCAACACAAAUGGCUCUACACUAUGGAAAAUAAACAAAAGCAGUAUACUAUCGAGGCGUCUUGCAGAACUACGUCACGUCUUUUCCCCCCACGUCACGCUCUCGCGCGCAUCGCUGGUCGUCAUGACAUCAGCGUCCAAAACGGCAGUUCUGAAAAUCAAUUUAUGCCUUUAUACUCCAUAUAUUAAUCGCAGCUUAUUCUUACAGUGCAACCAGCACGUAUAAGAUGUCAGGCUCGUACAAUUUAAUGGUAAGUUUGCAGUGUUAAAUGAGGUUUCUUGUUAAUUGUAAGUUUUAUUUGUAUUUGCUUUGUUUAGCCUUUUGGUAUUAAAUUCAUAAAGAUGUCAGAUCAGUCGCUCCUCAUCUACACAUAAGUAUUUUCUGGCAUUACAGAAAUGUUCCCUUUGUUGUGCCACAGGUUGCACUGUGAUUGUAGCUUCCCGGAAUGAAUAUCACCCAGGCCUUUGAAUCAGACUUUACUGAUGCUGAGAAACAACAUGCAGUUCUGGACAGCACAGAUGGGGACACAGAGGCAUUGGACAGACAGUAUGUCCAUGUGCUGUUAGAUAUCAGUGAAGAGGAUGAUUGGAUGGAGCAGGACAAACAUGAGUUUCAGAGUCAGACUGGCUGGGAAGAUGCUGUUGAGGGAUGGGGGAGAUCUCCCCCUCUUGCUUUAUUCCUUCAAGCUCAAAGGAAGGGGAAGAGAAUCAAGCAAAACAUUAUAGACUCUCAUUGCAUCCUCUGUGCUGAGCUGAAUCUCCCUAUCUGUUGCACAGCUGGAAGUGCUCCCGAACCUUGCUAUGACAUUUCAGAUGAAAACUUCAGAAAGACUGACCCUAUCCCUCAGGAUUUUGUCAUGGAAGCUCAUAACACCCCUUCCUCUGCCUCAUCAGAUGUAAUUCACUCUCAGCUAAAUAUAUCAGGGCCAUUAAUCAAUAAAUUGCCAUCUGGAGAUGAUCAAUGUGCACACAACAAAUCUCUUUCAGUCUGCUAUUGCCAUAAAGCUCCGUGUUUAAUGCUAAAGGAAAAGGGAGUUGGUCAGGUAGGUCUCAGCUUCAACAAUUUUAGUGUGUUGCCCCCUGUCAAAGAGUCCAGAAAUCUGAGGAGCUCCAGUCUUUUUAAAAGGAUGGAGCCAAUAGACUGGUACCCAGCUGAGGAAGGAGUCAUUGAGGCCAUGACACCUGGCGCCACUGGUGCUGUCUCAGAUGGUGAAAGAGUGGGUGUCAAUGGUGAGAACAGCUAUCAGGGAUCUCCCACCUCUAAACACCGGCUGGGUCAGCGCAGCAAUGACCUGCCAUCUACUUGUAACAUUAUUUUGAAUAAGAAGUAUGAGCUGCCCUCCAGGACUGUAGCAGAUACAUUACCUCGGUCUACAUACCCCCUGGGAGCUAACCUCAGACAGGAUGAGCUGGCAAAGCCUUCCCCCAGGAACAACACUAGUUAUAGACUUUAUUCUGGACACAAAGUGAAUAGUCAGAGAAGACCUGAAACUCAGCACCUAAUGCUGACUGGAACGAGACUUCCAAUGCCAGUGUCCAGUCAGAGAAUAUUAUAAAUGUCACUCUCUGUAGACUUUUUUUGUUGUUGCUUGAG